AACUACUUGAGGAACAUUUAUAAACCUAUCAAUGCAUUUAUUCGCUUUAAAUAAAGGCAAGUAAUCAAGAAUCAAAGAUGCGUGCGUUCAUUUGUUUUAUUCUUAUUGCUCUGGCAAGCAUCACUGAAGGAGCUUUAUCUCCUUAUGGUAUCAAAGGCGGUCGAAAUGCUCCCAUCGACAAAUUUCCGUAUCAAGUGUCAUUGAGAUUAAACAACACAUACCUAUGCAGCGGAUCUAUCCUUGAUAAUUUUAAUGUGUUAACAACAGCAAAUUGUAUUGUCGGAAGAGGAAUGCAAUGUAAUAAAGAAUUAAAGGUCCAUGUCGGCACAAAUAAUUUGGACGCGCCAGGAUAUGUUUAUGACAUAACCACUAUUACUGUCCACUCAAAUUAUGACACUAAAUUAUACAAUAAUGACAUCGCCUUGGUUCACCUUAAAUAUUCUAUCACAUACAAUAAGCUAGUGCAGCCAGUUAAACUUCCGACAUCCAACGAAGGUCUCGAGGGUCAGCCGUGUACAUUAUCUGGAUGGGGAUCUUCGGUAAUAUCAAACUCAAGAGGUCUUUACAAUUACACACAUUCAAAAAUGAAACAUCUUUUAGAGAAAUUUAUUAUUUCCCUU